UGCGUUCAGUAAAAAGUCAUGUGACGAGAGUGUUGCAGUUAAAAAAUAAAUCUUUUGGCUGCUCGUAAUGACAGUAAUAAUAUGCCUGUCACACUAGACUGUUUCCCGAUGUAUUUUUGUAUCCUUUAAUUUCUAAAGAAUAUUUCACAUACUUAGUCGGAUAAAGCGUAUUAGUGUUACAACCAUCAAAUAUAGAAGGGAGGCCACUCUUUUAAAACUGUUCAUUUGUUCUUUCCAAUCACUUCCCUUUGACUGCAUAUCCCGCGUCAAUGGGUCGCUCGCUUGCUCGCAAGCAAGUCUAAAAAUAGCUUGCUUACUCCCUUGCACGAUUGGCCAAGCAAGCCUACAAGCGCCCUCGCUCGAUAAAGAGACGAGACAGGCAAGGCAACUCUUUUAGCUUGGCUGCCAUGUUGUUUGCAUUCCGAUCUCAGAAAGAAAUAAUACGCUUGGACAUGAACCCAAACAAAAAGCUUUAUCCGUGUGUGACACAUCGAGGUUUGAUCAUCGCAGCUGCGAUUUUCUGUAUUUCGAGCUGAACGAUUUUUUUUUAAAGAAAAAGCCCCAUUGGAGGUGACGGCGACGGCGUCUGCGUCAGAAUGAACCCUUCGACUGAAGUAACCAGUGGGGGUAGUGGUGGGUGGAGGGAGAGCUACCGAACAGCGCAGAUGAUUACCCUACCUGACGUCACGCGCGUGUGUGGCUCAAAGGCGGGGCAGCUUGUGAUUGAUUUAGCGCAGGGGACAGGAUGCCCUCACGAGUAUGUCCUAAUGCCUUUACUUUCGAUUUGCGCAGCUUUGAUGGGCCCGCACUCGGAAGUUCGCGUGCACUCAAGCUGGAGCGAGCCGCCCGUGCUGUGGAUUGCCAUCGGUGCUCGUGCAAGUUCUCGGAAGUCGGCGGCUCUGAGACAAGUGCUGACGCCUCUACUCUGUCUCAUCGACGACGUGCAACGAGAACAGAGACGACAGCUGCAGAGAGGAGGCGAUGCACAGUGCGACGAUGCGGUGGAGUGGAGGCUGCCUUUAGUUCACACUGGCACACCAACAAUGCAUCAGCUGAGGAGCCUGGCUUGGAGAGCGAAGGGCGCAUGCUGCACGUGACAGAGAGACUAGAAGACAGCCACCACCGCCUGAACAUCCACCCCCAGAACCCCGACAUUCUGUCCCGCGCCCAGAUGCAGGACCUGUAUGAAGGCUUCGCGGGCCAGUUCACCGUCUCCCCCGACAGCGGCAAGGAGCACGGCCGGCAACAUUUGCAAGGACACAGUGCUCUCUGGCCGCAGGUCUCCACCGUCCUAUCUCACCUUUUGUGCUUCAAUCAGUGCGGCUUCGCGGAUCCGGAAUACAUCGUCAAUCUCACGGUCAAGUCUCCCAGCUGGAUGUCCGGCAGGUUUCUCAUCUCCUGCCCGUCUACGGCCGAAGCUAGUCCCUCUCCUUUUUCCGUUCCGCCAGUGGACAAUGUGGAGAGCGGGUAUGGGGUCAGGGCCGGUCGGGAGCGGAGGUCGAAGUCAUUGACUUUAAAGAACAUUUACCGGCAUCUUGCACAAGCUCACUCGAAGAGCUCGUGCCGCUACGUGUUCACCCCAGAGGCUGUGCUAGAGCUACGGAGAUUCCAGGAAGAGGAAUGGUCCACUAUCAUGGCGCAGCUAAACACGGGAGACCACAGCGGCGUCAUCAGCAAGUCACUGGGUCACGUGGUGCGUUUGGCAGGAGUGCUCAAGGCACUCAGCGAAGCCGCCACGUUGGCAACCAAGGGAUUAAGCAGAGACUACGCGAAGAAUUUGUGUAUGGAAGAAGAGGAGCCGAGCGAGGAAAAGGAGGUGGAGAUAGGUAUAGAUGACAUUGCGAGAGCCCUGGAACUUGGCAAGUACUUCUUGGAGCAGAAAAUGUCUAUGACCUUCAUGUUCAGUCCAGGUUUUUUCCGCAACUGCUCCACCUCCUCUCAAAACUCGCAGCAGGAUCAGCAGGAUAUGCGAACAACAGCAGCAGCAGCGCAGUGGCAGUGGCGGCAGCCAGCGAGGCAGCCGUCUGAUGACUAACAUUAUGUCUGGUCAGGGUCGCUCGAUGCCGG